UAUUGUCAUUUUCAAGUGUGCUGUUGUUUCCUUUUGUUUGAAUUGGAUACAUUAGGAUAAUUAAAACAAAAAGAAUGGUAGACAUUCGCCUUGCUUCUGAAGUGCCUCCUUUUCAUAUCGUCGCUGAUUCUACUGAACCCAAACAUCUUGUCACACCUGGCUCUUUGAUCACAAAGGAAACAGGAUUCAUGAGGGGUCAUGGAACAUACAUGCAAGAUGACUGUUUGUACUCCAGUGUUGCUGGGGUUGUGGAGAGAGUCAACCAACUUAUUUCAGUUAGACCAUUGAAAUCUCGUUAUCAUGGGGAGAUUGGAGAUGUCGUAAUUGGUAGGGUUACUGAGGUUUCACAGAAACGUUGGAAACUGGACACCAAUGCAAGAUUAGAUUCUGUGCUUCUUCUUCAGUCAGUCAAUUUGCCUGGUGGUGAACUCAGAAGAAGAUCAGCAGAAGAUGAAUUAGCCAUGAGGCAAUACCUGAAAGAAGGAGAUUUGGUCAGUGCAGAGGUCCAAAACAUCUUCAAUGAUGGUGCUCUUUCUUUACACACCCGUAGCAUGAAAUAUGGAAAACUUUCCCAAGGCUGCUUAAUAAAAGUAAGUCCAUCUUUGAUCCGACGACAGAAGACUCAUUUCCACAACUUACCUUGCGGAGCUAGUAUCAUCAUGGGUAACAAUGGGUUUGUUUGGAUCUGCCCCACUCUCCUUGACGAUGGCGCCGGUGGAUUUGUUCAAAACUUGGAGACAGUCCCGCAUGCCGAUCGACAAGCUAUAAGCCGGUUAAGGAAUUGUGUGACAGCUUUGGCGCACUGCAAGAUGAUGAUCUAUGAUACCAGCAUUAUGCAUGCCUACGACGCCUCCGUAAAUGCUGGGUUCGAGAUCAAGGAUCUUCUCCUACCGGACAAGAUAAAAGAAAUCGCUUUAAUGGUUCGUAAGCAGUUCGAAAUGGAAAAAGAAUAAUUUAAUUUUCGAAUAAACAUGGAUGAACCA